AUCCGUAUUUUUUGCAACUCAGCGCUCCCAGUGCUCCGUCACCGCCUCUCUAUCUCUCUCUCGUCACUGAAACGGAAGCUGAAGCAGCAUAGUGGUUUGUUGUUGAUUGUUUCUACACAAGGAACCAUUUCCAUUGAUCUGCGUAUGGUUUCUAUUGGUUCCAAAGCUUUACCAAUGGGAAAACAUAAGACUAGUAAUUUAAGAGAGGAUGGGUUUUUGGCUGGGAAAGACAACCCUUAUAGCAAGAAAAGAAGCAUGCACCGAAAAUCUAUUAAGAAAACUGGUCUUGCUGGUGAUCAUUAUACUGAAAAUUUGUCUGGUGGCGUGCCCGAUAAAGCUGUGAAAACUCCAAAAAUAUCAAAGCAUCAGAAUGCUGUGAUGCCAGAAGCAUCAUUUCUCAGGAAACAGGUUGAUCCUGAGACAGCCACAUACUACUCAGAGAUUGCUAAUGUUAUUGAAGGUGCUGAAGUUGACUUAGAGGAAAGGUCAAUAAUUUGUGGUAAUGCAUUGGAAGAAAGUAGAGGAAAAGAAGUCAAACUUGCCACUGAUUAUGUCCUCAGCCACACUAUGCAAACCCUCCUCGAAGGUUGUGACGUGAACCACUUAUGUAACUUUCUUCAAAGCUGUGCAAAGGACUUCCCUCGUAUUGCAAUGGAUAGAUCUGGUUCUCAUGUUGCCGAGACAGCUCUCAAGUCUUUAGUUGUGCAUCUUCAAGAUGUUGAGACUCAUUCUCUCAUUGAAGAGACAAUAGCUAUUAUAUGCCGGGUGAUUGUUGAGGAUUCGGUUCAUAUGAUGUGCAACUGUUAUAGCUCUCAUGUUUUGAGGAGUCUUCUUUGUUUUUGUAAAGGAGUGCCAUUAGACUCUACCCAGUUUCAUGCCACGAAGUCAUCAAUUGUUCUUGCGGAGCGGUUGAAUUUCAGACAAUCUCAACCUGAUGAACAUGGUUCACAAUAUUUUCAGAAGGCCUUUCCAGAUCUAUUAAGAUUUGUUGUGUUAGGGAUGUUAAACCAUGCUGUAAAAGACAUUUCAACACUUCAAGAUCAGUACGGCAGUUUAGUUUUGCAGACUGCUCUAAAGUUAUUAGUCGGAAAUGAGGAAGUGUUGAUCCAAAUAAUUCCCAUUCUUCUUGGCUGCAAUGUGGAUAAUGCUGUUGAAGGGCAUUUUAUUGAAACAACUUCAGUGCAAAGCCUCCUAAGUUUGAUGAAGGAAACUGCAUAUAGCCAUUUAAUGGAGGUCAUCCUGGAAGUGGCUCCUGCAACCUUAUAUGAUGAACUGUUAACAAAAGUCUUCCAAAGUUCAUUGUUCAAGAUGUCAUCACAUCACUGUGGGAACUUUGUUGUCCAGGCAUUAGUUUCUCAUGCCAGAUGUGGAACUCAUAUGGAGCUUAUAUGGGAGGAACUUGGUCCAAAGUUUGAAGAUCUUCUUGGGAUGGGGAAACCAGGUGUCGUUGCAUCUCUUAUUGCUGCAAGUCAAAGGCUUCAUGUCUAUGAACAUAAGAGUUGUCAGGCCCUUGCUGCAGCUGUUUGUUCAGUGAAUGAGUCACCAGGAGGCAUUGUACCUCGGAUAUUAUUUCUUGAAAGCUACUUUAGCUGCAAUGAUAAAUCCAACUGGACCUGGCCACGUGGGGUGAAGAUGCACGUCAUGGGUUCUUUGAUCCUACAGUUGGUUUUUCAAUUUCCAAGUGAAUUCAUUCAGCCUUAUGUAUCAAGUAUCACAUCCAUGGAAGCUGACCAUGUUCUUGAAGCAUCCAAGGAUUCUAGGGGGCAAAGGGUUAUUGAAGGUUUUCUUAGUUCAAAUUCUUCUAGCAAACAAAAACGCAGAUUGGUUAUGAAGCUUAAGGGACAUUUUGGAGAGCUUGCAUUGCAUCCAUCAGGCUCAUUUACUGUUGAAAAGUGCUUCGAUGCCAGUAACAUAUCACUAAGAGAGGCAAUUGUAUCAGAAUUGGUAACUGUAGAAUCAGAACUCUUCAAGACUAAGCAGGGCCCUCUGCUAUUGAGGAAGUUUGAUGUUGAUGGAUAUGCUAAGCGACCUGAUCAAUGGAAGGCAAAACAGUCAUCAAGACAAUCAGCUUAUAAGGAGUUCUAUGCUAUAUUUGGCUCAAAAGAAACCAAGCCAAGCAAGGUUGACAGCUUUCUUGCAGAAGCUCCUCGUAUAUCACGGCCAGAAACAAUAAAGGAGAUGAGGAAAGAGAUUGACGCUUCCCUUGCUUCUGCAGCUGGACCAUCAUCCAGUAUGCAAUUUAUAGCCAAUGUGAACUCAACAUCCAAAAUGAAAAUAUCAGGCCAUAAGCAUCAUGCAGAAAGGGCCAAACAGAACGGUGAGACUUCUAUGAAACAUCUUAUGGAUGAUGAUGCUUCAAAAGGAAAAAACAAAAGGCAGAAAAGUAAGAAGCAUGGAAUUGAAAAUGUUGCCAUGGCUAAUAAGGCAACUGAUACCGUCAGCCACCAUCAGAAAACAUCCCAUUCUGCUGAUAUGAAAGAGAAGAAACGGCACAGGAAGGAUGACUCGUCCAAGAUAUCUCGAAAGAAGUUUAAAGCAUGAUACUUCCAUCCUGAAUGGGUAUCUCCCUCGUUUUAAUCUCUUACUUCAGUAUCUGAAUUUUGUCCACAGACUACGUAUUUAUGGUGCUUCCAUGUGGUUAUUUUAGAUUUAUCUACUCCGUGAUUGCUUUGUAACAGAAAUUAUGGUCUUUCCACAGACAGACAUAGAAACUUCUGUAUAUACAUCUGAAAAACUGCAAAAACAGUUCACUUCAAAAUUGUCAUUCCUGACAAAAAAAACAAAAUUGUAAACGAUUCCAAAAUACUAGUACGUAGCUCCAGCAGUAAACUGUACGAGACUAUUCUGCAGCAACAAAUAACGUGCAAUGAAGAAAGAACUGUAACAGAUAUGGAGGCAUUGUUGCUUGUUGCUUAAUAGUUGCUUCAGCCAUCUUCUGGAGGGGCUUAAACCUGGCUCAAGAACACAUGACAUUGAGUCAACGCAGCAAAUGGCGAAAAGUCUUGAACUGAUUAGGAGUUAGAAACUGCUUGUCCUGAGGUUUGGACCUGUCACAAGAACAGGAUAUCUGAGUCAAUGCAGCAAAUGGUGGAAACCCUGGUAUUGUUUUGUAGAUAAGCGUUACUUGUUCUGCUUUGGAUUCGAUCUGCUUGGGGGUAUCCUCCGAAAGCUGGAUUCCACCUUCCUGAAGGGAUCUCUCCUGCCUUCCUGCAAAUCUUUCAGAGCCUGGGAGGAAACCAUAGCCGAUGUCUGUGCUUUCUUGAGUAGGAGACGGGCUGUCUCGGCACCAUUAGGCCAGGAAAGCAGAAUCAGCACAAGCGCAAGAGCAAAAGCGGCAACUGAUCUGGAGCAGGACUUCAUGA